AUGUCGACGAUAACCACCCCGGCCGUCCCUCCCGUGGCCCUUGAGACGAUCACUCAACAUAUCGGGAAUACUCCUCUGGUCAGAUUAAACAGACUUCCCCGUAGCUUGGGGAUUGAAGCUACUGUUUAUGCCAAACUCGAAUACUUCAAUGCUGGCGGGAGCGUGAAGGAUCGGAUCGCUUUGCGCAUGAUCGAAGAAGCGGAGCGAUCUGGGCGCAUAAAGCCCGGUGAUACUCUGAUUGAACCUACCAGUGGUAACACCGGCAUUGGUCUAGCUCUUGUUGCGGCCGUGAAAGGCUAUAAGACGAUCAUUACUCUACCUGAGAAGAUGUCUGCCGAGAAAGUGUCAGUUCUGCGAGCGCUGAAUGCCACCAUUAUCCGUACUCCCAACGAAGCAGCAUUUGAUUCCCCGGAAUCUCACAUAGGGGUUGCGAAGCGCCUUGAGAAAGAGCUUCCAAACGCGCAUAUCCUGGAUCAGUAUGGCAACGAGAACAACCCGCUUGCUCAUGAAUUCGGUACUGCGGAAGAGAUUUGGGCUCAAACAGAAGGUCGGAUCAGUGCGAUUGUCGCCGGUGCGGGCACUGGUGGAACUAUCACCGGUCUUUCUCGUGGUCUCAAGAAGCACAACCCCGACAUUCAAGUCAUUGCAGCCGACCCUCAUGGAUCAAUUCUGGCUCUCCCCGCUACAUUGAACGAGGAGCACGAGAACGAGCCUUACAAGGUUGAGGGUAUUGGAUACGAUUUUAUCCCCCAGGUUCUGGACCGGGAGGCAGUCGACAAGUGGUACAAGACUGCUGACAGGGAGUCGUUCCAGUACUCCCGGCGGUUAAUUGCCGAAGAAGGUCUGCUUGUUGGUGGAAGUAGUGGAAGUGCUAUCUCCGCUUUGGUGCAAGCUGCGAAAGACCAGAGAUUCGGCAAAGAUGACGUGGUUGUCGUUAUUCUGCCUGACAGCAUUAGAAGCUACCUUACUAAGUUUGCUGACGACGAUUGGCUGGCUGCCAAUGGACUCCUGUCAUCGGCACCUGUGCCCACGUCCUUCCCAACGCUACAGCCGCAGGCGCAGAGCGAUGCCUUUACUGGCUCGCAAGUCAAGGCUCUGCGUUUGAAGCCGAUCACCACAGUUCGAUCCAACAUUCCCUGUGAGGUCGCCAUUGAGAUGAUGCGCGACAGAGGAUUCGACCAACUUCCGGUGCUUGCAGCUUCUGGGAAGAAGCUCGUCGGACUGCUUACCCUCGGCAAUGUUCUCAGCCGGCUGACCCAUGGACGUGCUACCGGGAAGAGCCCCGUUGCGGAAGUUAUGUUCGAUUUCAGCAAGAUCCCCGAGAUUGUCACCGAUCCUAGAGACAUGGGGCUUGCCAGCUCGCAGGUCGAUCAGAGCGGACGCGAUAACGCGAAACCCCAUAUCAGGGAUCGGAAAUUUGUGGAGAUCACUAUGGACACGCCUUUGAGCGUCCUCAACAGAUUCCUCGAAUGGAACAGUGCAGCAGUUGUCACUGAACGGGAUGAGCAUGGAGCAAUGAGGCCGGUUGCAGUGGCCACGAAGGUCGAUCUGCUUACCUGGAUGCUCCACAAUAACAAGAAUGGCGCAUCAGCUAAUUAG